UACGCGGUCCUGCGCCCCCGGCCGCAGACCUCUCGGGCGAGCGCCGCGCAGCGCAGAUUAAAAAUCAAGAAAUAUAAACCAGAUGUAGCAGUUUCUUGACAUGGAGAACCAAGCCCAUAAUACAAUGGGAACUUCUCCUUGUGAGGCUGAGCUUCAGGAAUUAAUGGAACAAAUUGACAUCAUGGUAAGCAACAAAAAAAUGGACUGGGAAAGAAAGAUGCGGGCUUUGGAGACACGAUUAGAUCUUCGGGAUCAAGAAUUGGCAAAUGCACAAACUUGUUUGGAUCAGAAAGGUCAAGAGGUAGGGUUGCUUCGACAGAAAUUGGACAGUCUGGAAAAAUGUAAUUUAGCAAUGACUCAGAAUUAUGAAGGACAACUACAAAGCCUAAAGGCUCAAUUUUCCAAACUAACAAAUAGCUUUGAAAAACUGAGAUUACAUCAGAUGAAACAAAACAAAGUUCCACGAAAAGAAUUACCACACCUUAAAGAAGAAUUACCCUUUGAACUGAGCAAUUUGAACCAGAAAUUAGAGGAAUUUAGAGCGAAGUCAAGAGAAUGGGACAAGCAAGAGAUACUAUAUCAGACUCAUCUCAUUUCUUUAGAUGCUCAACAAAAAUUAUUAUCUGAGAAGUGUAAUCAGUUUCAGAAACAGGCACAAAGUUACCAAACUCAACUAAAUGGUAAAAAACAGUGCUUAGAAGACAGCAGCUCUGAAAUUCCUCGUUUGAUAUGUGACCCAGAUCCCAAUAGUGAAAUCAGUGAAAGAGAUGAGUUCAUUAUUGAAAAACUAAAAUCAGCUGUAAGUGAGAUAGCACUAAGCAGGAAUAAAUUACAAGAUGAAAAUCAGAAGCUCUUGCAAGAACUGAAAAUGUACCAAAGACAGUGCCAGGCCAUGGAAGCAGGUCUCUCAGAGGUAAAAAGUGAGUUACAGUCACGUGAUGAUCUCUUGAGAAUUAUAGAAAUGGAACGAUUGCAAUUACACAGAGAAUUAUUAAAAAUAGGAGAGUGCCAGAAUGCUCAAGGAAAUAAAAAAAGACUUGAAUCAUCUCAUUUGCCUUCUAUUAAAGAACCAGAAAGGAAAAGAAAAGAGCUGUUUUCAGUGAUGCAAGAUCAACCAAAUCAUGAAAAAGAAUUGAACAAGAUAAGAAGCCAACUCCAACAGGAGGAAGAGUACCAUAACUCUGAGCAGGAAAGAAUGAGGAAUGAAAUCUCUGACCUAACAGAAGAGCUUCAUCAGAAGGAGAUCACUAUAGCAACUGUCACGAAGAAAGCUGCCCUUCUGGAAAAACAGUUAAAAAUGGAAUUAGAAAUAAAAGAAAAAAUGUUAGCAAAAGAACAGGUCUCAGAUAUGAAAUAUAAAGCUGUCAGAACUGAAAACACACAUCUAAAAGGAAUGAUGGGAGAUUUAGACCCUGGACGAUACAUGAGUAUGGACUUCACUAACAGGGAACAUUCAAGGCAUACAUCUAUUAAUAAACUGGAAUAUGAGAAUGAAAGGCUCCGAAAUGAUCUUGCAAAACUUCGUGUCAAUGGAAAAUCAACACGGACUAAUCAAAACACCUAUGAAGAAACAGGAAGAUAUGCCUAUCAAAGCCAAAUAAAAGUGGAAAAAAAUGAAGAGAGACUUAGUCAUGAUUGUGAGCCAAAUAGAAGUACAUCUCCCUUGCCACCUUUGACAUUUCAAACCAAAGAAAUGACAAGUCCUUUGGUUAGUGAUGAUGAUGUAUUCCCACUGUCUCCCCCAGAUAUGUCCUUCCCAGCAUCUUUGGCUGCACAGCAUUUCCUUCUGGAAGAAGAGAAACGAGCAAAAGAACUUGAAAAACUUCUAAAUACACAUAUUGAUGAACUGCAAAGACACACAGAAUUUACUCUUAAUAAAUACUCCAAGCUAAAACAAAAUAGACACAUAUGAGCUUUUAAACUUUUUUAUUUGCUUCCCCCCCCCCCCCACCAAGAAAAAAAGCUCUGGUAAAAUAUUUACAAAGCUAAUUAAUGAAAUCAAGAAAUUCUGUUCUGUUUCCUUGAGUAAAUAAUUUUGGUAAGGCAGCUAGAAAAUAGUAAGUAUUUUGUUCGAUAAAGCUGUUUGCAUUUCUGCAUUAACAUGCUAAAUUGUCCUGCUGUAGAGUUACUAUAAAAUAAACAUGACUAUUCCAAAAGAGAUUUUUUUUUUCCAGUCUAAGGAAUAUGUUGGAAUUAAAUAUGCAGUUUUUUCCCCACUUGAAUCAUGUAUACUGAAAACCCAUUUCCUCAGCAGCUACACAAAAUAAGGGAAAGGGAAGUGCUAUAUUCCAGAUACAAAGCACUCAAAGGCAGCUCAGUUGUACUGGUUUUGAAAACUCAAGGAUUUUAUAAAUAAAAAUAUUUAAGUAUUUCCAGUUAUGUAAACACUCUAAAAUUCUACAAUUUUUUGGAAAAAAAAAAAAAAAGCUAUAGCUUUACUGUUUUUACAUUCACCUUUAUAAUGUCUGUCUGUUUCAACACAAUGAAGGUACAUGGAAUGUGCAAUUUACAAACCAAAAAUAUAUGUGCCAAAAAUUAAUGCUUUUUUGUUAGUACUAAUUACUUCAUGGACACGAACAAGAUAAAGGAAAUAUGAAGCAUUACUGUUGCUACAUUUUUCUUUGUAAUCACCUCUGUUUUUAAUGCAAUGAAGGAAUGUAAAAUUCAA